GUGGAAUGCUGAAAAUAUGACCAUGAAAAAACUCCGUGUGUUUGGGAAUGCACUUAAUUAGAACCAGAUGUGUCAGAGAGCAGGGAUAAGCAGAGGAUUGUGGUCUAUUUGUUGGCCUACUUUUUGAAGUUUCAGGUGGUGUAAAUAGCUUUAUACCGUAGAUUUAAGGGCAAGUUCAGUCUGUUUUAACGAUAAAGUAAGCAGAGGGGGAAAGAUGACUCAUAACAGACAAAGGGGCUGAACGUUUUUUUUUUUUUUUCUAAUGAAGUCCAGGAAGUCAGAAACUACAAGGCUUGCAAAAAAUUAUGAGGUAUAGUGGAUGAAAAAAAGAAGAAUCUGCCCUGUUAACCUUUGAACUGUCUUUCUUUGUGCUCACAAGAAGUCACAAGACGAACUGUCGUAUAAUUUCACGGAUGACACUCCUAACGAGCAGAAAGAAGCUGCUGUAACUGCGUUGCAGAAACCGAAUUGAAUGUGGUUUGGCACGUCUUCAGUCCAAAUCAGAAACUCCCCGGUCCAGACAAGUCCAGGAACACAUUCAUCAUGUCCGUCUAUUUCGACCCAGGACCAGAUCCAGAAGCAAAUGGAAACAUUACGAAGAUGGAAGACGCUAAAGUAGAGAUUGAUGAUGGAAAGGAGGAGAGUUUGGAGCAAGACACACUGUACCGGAAGAUUCGGAAAAUAAUCACUCCAUUUGUUAUGUCCUUUGGGUUUCGUGUAUUUGGAAUGAUCCUGAUUAUUGUGGACAUUGUUCUCCUCAUUGUGGACUUCACGCUGCACACUAAUAUUAUAGAAGUUGUGUCACUCAUCAUCUCCUUCUUCUUUCUUGGUGAUGUACUCAUUCGUGUCUUUGUGGAAGGCUUCAAAGUUUACUUCAGCUCGAAGUUGAACAUUAUGGAUGCGUGUGUUGUUGUCAGCACGCUGAUUGUCACCUUAGUCUAUACUUUCACCGACCUUACAGGGGCCAGUCUCAUUCCCAGGGCUCUGACAUUCUUGCGCUUCUUGAGAAUAAUCAUCUUGGUGAGGAUUUUCAGACUCGCAUCUCAGAAGAAAGAGCUGGAGAAGGUCACUAGGAGGAUGGUAUCAGAGAACAAGAGACGUUAUCAGAGGGAUGGAUUUGAUCUUGAUCUUACCUAUGUCACAGAUCGUGUCAUUGCUAUGUCUUUCCCCUCCUCUGGGAAACAGGCUUUCUACAGGAACCCAAUCCAUGAGGUUGCAAGGUUCCUAGACACUAAACACGGAGGGCACUACAAAGUUUACAACCUGUGCAGUGAGAAAGGGUACGACCCCAAGUUCUUCCACUACAGAGUUGAACGGAUUUUUAUUGGUGACCACAAUGUGCCCACCUUAACAGACAUGCUGAAAUACACAGAAAGUGUCAGGACUUGGAUGUCUGCUGAUCCCAAAAAUAUUAUUGCUAUUCACUGCAAAGGAGGGAAAGGGCGCACUGGAACCAUGGUGUGCACAUGGCUCAUUGACAGUGACCAGUUUGAGAGUGCAGAGGACAGCCUGGAGUAUUUUGGUGAGAGGAGGACAGACAAGAGUCGGAGCUCCAAGUUUCAGGGAGUGGAGACUCCCUCUCAGAGCCGUUAUGUGGGGUACUAUGAGAUCAUGAAGACAAAAUACAACCGAAAUUUGCCUCCAUCUAGAAGCCUGAGGAUUAAAAGCAUCCGGAUUCACUCUAUAGCAGGUGUGGGUAAAGGGGAUGGCAGUGAUCUGAGAGUGAAAAUAAUAAUGAGGGAAAAACUGGUCUUUCAGUGCGUUUGCAGCACACAGGAGAACUGCAAGGUGUUUCCUGAUGCAGGCAGCAAUGCUGCUGUAAUCAGCCUGGAGAAUGGGCCAAUAGUUGAAGGCGACGUGAAGGUUAUGUUUGAAUCAAGUGCGGGUCUUCCAAAAGGAUAUGAAGAUGUUCCGUUCUACUUUUGGUUUAAUACAUCUUUUAUAACAGAAAACAAGCUGUUUUUGUCCAGGGAAGAGCUGGAUAACCCACAUAAAUCUAAAACCUGGAACAUAUACAAAGAGGAUUUUGGUGUCACCAUGUUCUUCUCAGAUUCUGACUGAAGUAACUUUAGAAAGAAAAGAGUAACAAAAACAUGUAAUUUUGGAAAAAGCUGUGAAGAAAUGAAUGCAUUCAACACUAAAGUGUUUGCUAUAAUCUUCCAUUUAGAUGAUUAUUUUUGAUUAGAGCUGGAUGCACCUGUGAUUAAAAUAACAACGAUAUUGCUCUGAUGUAUAUAUGGCGCUUGACUAUGAAAUGUUGGAACACUGAUGAUUAAACAAAUAAUGCAAA